UCUUCAGUUUUUUCUGGGAUACCUUUACUUUCUGUGCAACCUUCUCUUCUGGUUUGAAAUAGUUUGUUCCUUUUCAGUGAGGAUCCUCUGGAUGGGGCAGGGAGGUCAGGUGUGGGUUAAUCCAGAUGUCUGUAAGGACAGCGGUGCACCUUGGGUGCUCUGUUCCAUGGAUAUGUUCAAAGACCGAGAAUCUACAUCUAAAUCCUUGAGUUCAGUGUCACUCUCUGCAUUUUUUAGCAGGUGCAACAAAAAUUCAGCAUUCUUUUUGGGCCACCGACCCUGUGUCCAGCCCUGUUUGGCCUGCACACUCCUCCCAAUUCCACCAUUGUAACUCCGGAAUGGCGCACAUCGCUUCUUUAAAGUAACGCCUUGCACGGGCUUGGUGGCUUUUCGGAUAUGUACCCUUGAUGGCCUCUGUGGUUUCAUGAAUCUUCUUAAAGUGAACAUGAAGAUCUGAACCUCUUGAUUUUGUGGGGCUUUCAGGGUCAAGAGAGUAGGGAACCAUUUUCACAGAUCAUCUCAGGCCACUGAGAGGAGGAGCUGUUGCUUGGUCUUCAUGGUCACGGGUGAGAGUGCACAGUUCCAGGUGGGGAAGCUGAGCUAGCUCUGGUCUGGAUUUGGUUAUCAGCCCCCAGGGCUGUCUUCCUCUUAUCAAGUACCAGACACUUCCCAUUUGACCUAGAUGAAGUGUUCUUUCUUCAGCCUGGAGGAAAGGGGGCGGGGGGGGGCCCUAGCUCAAGGGGCAGCUCCCAGCUUCUCCCUCCCGUCUUGAGAGCAGAUGCCUGACCCACCCGGAAAGGUUUUCCAUUUCAUCCUUAUGGGAGUUGGUGAGAGGAAGAAGAGUGAGCCACGUGCCAUUGCCCUUGACUCCCCAACCUGGGUGCAAACUUGGUGGCCCCAUCUCUCCUGCCUCCAUCUGCUCCUUCUGGACUUUCCUUCUACCAGUUUCUAGGGGAGCUUCUUUCGACUCUUCUACCCCUGCCAAGAGUCAAAGGAAACUGUGGAGCAGCCCCUGUGGAUCCCCCGCCCUGAGUACUGCGCUGGCCUGGCCGAUUACCUGAGGUUGAAUAAGCGCUGGGUGGGGUUGCUGUUCAACCUGGCUAUGGGAUCUUGCCGCCUGCCUGUUAGCUGGAACGGCCCCUUUAAGACGAAGGACUCUGGAUACCCCUUGAUCAUAUUUUCCCAUGGCCUUGGAGCCUUCAGGACGUUGUAUUCAGCCUUCUGUAUGGAGCUGGCCUCCCGUGGCUUUGUGGUUGCUGUGCUAGAGCACAGAGACCAGUCAGCUUCGGCUACCUAUUUCUGCAAGCAGGUCCCAGAGGAGAAUCAGCCCACCAAUGAGUCACUAGAGGAGGAAUGGAUCCCCUACCUUCAAAUUGAGGAAGGGGAGAAGGAAUUCCAUGUUCGGAAUCCCCAGGUGCAUCAGCGCGUAGGAGAGUGUGUGCAGGUAUUGAGGAUCAUGCAGGAAGUCACUGCUGGGAGGACUGUCCUCAACAUCUUGCCUGGAGGGUUGGAUCUGAUGACCUUGAAGGGCAGCAUUGACUUGAGCCGCGUGGCUGUGAUGGGACAUUCAUUUGGAGGGGCCACAGCUGUUCUGGCUUUGGCCAAGGAAGCCCAGUUUCGAUGUGCUGUGGCCUUGGAUGCUUGGAUGUUUCCUCUGGAGCGUGACUUUUACCCCAAGGCCCGGGGCCCUGUGUUCUUUAUCAAUGCCGAGAAAUUCCAGACAGUGGAGAGCGUCAACUUGAUGAAGAAGGUUUGCACCCAGCACAAGCAGUCCAGGAUCAUAACUGUCCUUGGUUCUGUUCAUCGGAGUCAAACGGACUUUGCUUUUGUGACGGGCAACUUGCUUGUGAAAUUCUUAUCCACCCAAAUCCGUGGGAGCUUGGACCCCUAUCAAGGUCAAGAGAUUAUGGUGCGGGCCAUGCUGGCCUUCCUGCAGAGGCAUCUUGACCUGAAAGAGAACUAUGAUCAAUGGAACGACCUCAUCGAAGGCAUUGGACCGUCCCUCAUCCCGGGGGCUCCACACCAUCUGUCUAGUCUGUAGGCUCAACUGGCCAUUUGUAAAAGGUCACUCGAGCUGAGCUUCCCGGGGCCACCCAUAGCCUGUCGGGAGGGGUCCACAGGACUCUCUUUCACUGGCUGAGGGGGUUAAUCACCCUGCUGAUUGGAUAGCUGGGUUCUUUGAUCUUGGACUUGUUGAUCUUAAACUCACAUUGUGACAGGGAUCAUUAA